AUGAGCAAGACCUACUGUCAGAUGACGUCGCUUGCAGGCUGUGCAGGUGGAGGUUGGACCAUGGUGAUGAAAGUCGAUGGAAGUCAGGUAGAAUUUUUGAAGACAGCAGCGGUUUAAGAGAUGCAACUGGCUGAGAAAUACAAGCAUGCAGAACCUCGACGUUUCUGCCUAUUCUGGAGCAAAGGCCCUUCGUCGUGAAGUUAGUAUAGGGAGCUUAAGCAUGUAGAAUGUAAAAUAAAUAAAUAAUUAAAGUCCAAGGGGAGUUUCAGACGUAUUUCAUGCCGUAACAAGUGCAACUUAAAAUUCGGUCCAGUAGAACUCUUCCCAAACAUAAAGUCAAUGUUUUCAACUUCUUAUACUGUAUUAAAUUCAUACAAAUAUACGAGUUUUCUUUACUAUCAUUUAUUUGAAGGAACUUGUUUUGGCCGUCGUCGUCGUGUUGCCGUCCUACAUGCUUAAGCUCCCUAUUUAGUAGAAAGCCCUCCGAAAAAGGGCCUUCGCUCAAAACGUCGACGUUCUGCUUGUAUUUUUCAUGUAGUUGUACCUCUCUCAAUAGACCUUAUGCAUAAUGACGUCACAAGGCUUGAUGCCCGCGAGGAAUGCUGGUCUUAGUAGUCAUCGCCCGGAAAAAUUUCGAUAAUGGCCAUUUUGAAUUGUUCAACUUUUCCCGGGCGAUGACUACUAAGACCAGCAUUCCUCGCGGGCAUCAAGCCUUGUGACGUCAUUAUGCAUAAGGUCUAUUCAUAGCUAUCUCGUUAUCAUCGCUACCUUCGAGAAUAACAUUUUUGAACUAUUUCUCUCUUAAACUAUUCCUCUCUUAAACUAUUCAAAUUCAUUCCGGCGACCAUUUUAUGGACCAAGAUAGCAGAUACAAACACGUUUCUUUGUAGUUUCUUUGAGCUCACAGUUUUGACCUGCUUAUAUUGCAAUUCCUUUUCUCCUUAUCUCAAAUAAAUUCAACUUCUAUAAACUAAUCAUAUUUUUAAGCAGAACACAUUCGACUACAGUUCCUCGUACUGGUCUGACAUGCAGACCUUUAAUCCCAUUGGUGGAACCUCUGGCUUUGAUGACGUGGAAACAAAACUGCCAACCUACUGGAGCAUCCCGUUCAGCGAAAUAUGUAUUGGAAUGAAAGUCGGCAACGAUCUACGAUUCCUAACGAUACCAUACGUCGAUCAUAAUUCAUUGUAUCUUUUAAUGACUGAUGGGAAAUUUCGUCCCAUACAUCACGUGGGACGAGACGAAUGGAAAUCACUGAUCACUAAUUCUUCGCUUCAAUACAAAUGCAACAAGGUUGGUUUUAACAAUUUCGUUGGUCCCCAUUUCUACCCAGCAGCUCGAAUUGGAAUUUUAGCAAACCAAGAUGAUACGUGUUCCUCGCCAGACUCAUUUAUCGGAAUAGGAG